AUGCUGCCAUCGCUAGCACCAUGGAAUGCAGCAUUCACCAGUGCAGUGGCCUCCGAAUUAGAGACUGAGCCAUUUAUUCCAUUUUCAUUUUCCAAUGUUGGUGAACAUGGAAUCCCUCACACCAGAACUUGUGUAUUCAGGGGUUUUCUUUUUAACGAUACCAAAACUAAUGUCCUUCUUUUCACAUGCGACAAAAGAUCAGCGAAGUUCAAAGACCUCAUCAAAAAUUCCAAUUUUGAGGCAUGUUUCUAUUUCCACAAGUCUCGCAAGCAAUUUAGAUUUAGUGGAGCGGUUAGGGUGAUAACGAAUGAGAGACAUCCCAUCAUAGACUUGAGCAAUUUAUCUACAAUAUCGAGCUCAAAAGAGAAAUCAGGCGAGUCAGAGAUUAAAUUAAACGAUACCGAUCUUGUUGUGGAACAAGAACACGAUUUUUACUCCAUUGGGCUCGACAAAGUCGGAAUUGAUGAGCCUUUGAUGUACAAAAUUGUAUCCCCUUCGCAGACACAAAACAUGAACGUGAGCACCUUAUCGCUAUGUGAACUGAACACAACGAUUCAUGCUCCGACCGAGGAGGAAUGGAAAGCCGAAAGACAAAGAUGCUGGAAUGAUCUCUCCAGAAGUUUGAAGAGAUCCUUCAAAAGGCCUCUACCAGGAUCAUUGCUAACAAGCGAAAAGUACAGACUGCUGGAUUCGAUCAAUAGGGGCGUUGAUGGAACAUCAUCAGGCCAGGAAAACUUUGUCGUGGUUUGCAUGUUUGUCAAGGCUGUGGAUUUGGUGGAACUCACGGGUGGCGUUGAUAAGCGCUACCUGUAUAAAAAAAGUUACGAUAUCGAUGUUUGGAAGGAAUAUGAGGUGUGUCCUUGA